AUGACGUCAUUGCACGUGUACAACGUGGCCUUGCAGCCGCGCGUGUGGUGGGAGGAGCAGUACCAGCGCACCACGGCCCUGUCGCCGCCGUACUUCGGCCACGCGGAGAAGUUGUACCCGCCCACGCGUAUCUGCCACUUGCCACGCACUGACGUCACGAAUUCCGCUUCUGCACAGAAUGACGCAUCGCGCGGGGACGAAACACUGAAAGAGAAUUCAAUAACAUUUGAAAAUCCAUUUGACAGCUGGUUAGUUGACUUCUACGUUGAAGAAGACGAUCUCCUGUUUGUGCCGCUUUAUCUAAUGGGAGUGGACAUUCUUAAUCGAGAAGAGUUCGUUGUUUAUCGUGAACAGGGCCGCCCUGCAGCCGCGGCCGCUGUGCGUGGAACACCUCCAGCGGACCUUCGAGACGCCAAGGGCCAGGUUAUGGCUGGUAUGCUGCGCGUAGCUGUACCCGUUCAGUUUGACCAGAGGCGUCCCCCGCCGACUCAGCAAGAACUC